UGGACAUUCCCAACAUGCUCACUCCCUUAAUCUGUCCGUCUAGAGGUUUGGCUUCUACAAACCAAGGGAGUCGACGAGUUGAAGAUGAAGCCCAGAGCGGAGUGCUGUUCUCCCAAGUUCUGGUUGGUGUUGGCUGUCCUGGCCGUGUCAGGCAGCAGAGCUCGUUCUCAGAAGAGCCCCCCCAGCAUUGGCAUUGCUGUCAUCCUCGUGGGCACUUCCGACGAGGUGGCCAUCAAGGAUGCCCACGAGAAAGAUGAUUUCCACCAUCUCUCCGUGGUGCCUCGGGUGGAACUGGUAGCCAUGAAUGAGACCGACCCAAAGAGCAUCAUCACCCGCAUCUGUGAUCUCAUGUCUGACCGGAAGAUCCAGGGGGUGGUGUUUGCUGAUGACACAGACCAGGAAGCCAUCGCCCAGAUCCUCGAUUUCAUUUCUGCACAGACUCUCACCCCUAUCCUGGGCAUCCACGGGGGCUCCUCUAUGAUAAUGGCAGAUAAGGAUGAAUCCUCCAUGUUCUUCCAGUUUGGCCCAUCAAUUGAACAGCAAGCUUCCGUAAUGCUCAACAUCAUGGAAGAAUAUGACUGGUACAUCUUUUCUAUCGUCACCACCUAUUUCCCUGGCUACCAGGACUUUGUAAACAAGAUCCGCAGCACCAUUGAGAAUAGCUUUGUGGGCUGGGAGCUAGAGGAAGUCCUCCUACUGGACAUGUCCCUGGACGAUGGAGAUUCUAAGAUCCAGAAUCAGCUCAAGAAACUUCAAAGCCCCAUCAUUCUUCUUUACUGUACCAAGGAAGAAGCCACCUACAUCUUUGAAGUGGCCAACUCAGUAGGGCUGACUGGCUACGGCUACACGUGGAUCGUGCCCAGUCUGGUGGCAGGGGAUACAGACACAGUGCCUGCGGAGUUCCCCACUGGGCUCAUCUCUGUAUCAUAUGAUGAAUGGGACUACGGCCUCCCCGCCAGAGUGAGAGAUGGAAUUGCCAUAAUCACCACUGCUGCUUCUGACAUGCUGUCUGAACACAGCUUCAUCCCUGAGCCCAAAAGCAGUUGUUACAAUACCCAUGAGAAGAGAAUCUACCAGUCCAAUAUGCUAAAUAG